AUGUCCGACAAGGAAGUCAAUGAAAAUUAUGAAUUUGGGCGGAGAGACAUCCCAGCCACGGAAAUAGCGGAGAUGGACGAGGAGGCUCUCUCAGAAUCCCGCGAAUCCGAGACUUUCGACGAAGAGGACGAAUAUUCUAGCGAAGAAGACUCCGAGGACUCCGCUUCUAGCGACGAAGAAUCCGCUUCUAACGACGAAGAAUCCGCUUCUAGCGAAGAAGAUGCAGAAGAUCACAUUCAUCCUCACGCUCCAGGGGCACACCAACCCAACUCCGCCCCUCCUGGGACAUUCCGGCUUUGUGAACACAACUUCGGCAGCAAUACAGCUUCUAGUGACUUUGACUGGGAUGGAGACCCUUCGACUUUAGCUGUCUCCAACAACCUCAAAUUCAACUUUAUCUCCGUCUCCCAAUAA